AUGCCGUUUUAUCAGACCUACCACACUUACCCUCUAUCUCAAACCCAGCGACAGUCCUUUGCCCUUUCCAUCACCAACCUGCACUGCAGUGCUUUCAACACGCCGGCGUUUUUCGUGCAUGUGAGCUUCAGCGACCAGAGCUCAAAACCGGAUGAUGGGACGUACUUCAUGGCUGGAAAGCCGCACUCCACCAACUGUAACCGCAUCCUUGCGGUGGUGCGGACGUCGGCGUCCCGAACAAAGGCGGACUUCGAUAGGCUUGCAGCCAGCAUCGAAGACGCGUGGAACGGCGCUCUAGAAGAACCCGAUGCCGAACACACCAAAGGGUACAAGGAACCUGACGAGUGCAAAAGAUUGCUUAUGAUUAUGUUUACGCCGAUGUUGGCCAUCAGAGAAGGUGGAAUGGCCAUUCCAGAAGCCGGCCACGAAGAUGACUGGUUAGCACAGCAGCUGCCUUAUAUCAAGACAAUGGCCGAAAAGCACAAUGUAGAUGACUUUAGGGAGUUGCUGGAGGAGGUGGAACAAAGACAGAGCAUCUGA